AAUAUGUAUGCGAUAAGUGUAAAAAAAAAACUCACCUAUCCUACACUUUUUAAAGUUACAUAUUAACAAAUAAUAUAUUAGCAAAUUAAACUUGGAGAUCUAAAAAUGUUCUCACAACAAACCAGUGUUUACAGUUACGGAUCUGCAAAACAAGAUGAAAUCUGUUAUGAAGACAUGACAGACGCAGAACUACAAGAGGCAAUCGAAAUUGUCGUUCGUUCGAAUUUAUUGUUAAGGUUAGAAAAUGAAGUUUACGAACAAUAUCUCAUGCGUCGAGAUCCUGAAAGUAUUCAAACAAUAAUGCAAACCUUAGAAGCUGCUAAACGAAUACAGAAAAUCGCUCCUCAACGCAGUCAACAUUCAGCUGUUACGAGCGCAGCCGGAAGUGUUUUGAAUCUUUACGAAAAAGAUGCAGGAAGUAUUAUCAGCUUUCAAUCCGGAAGUCGACAUCUCAAGUCGCCAAGUAUUUUAACGGAGAAAGGAAUACAAAAAGAAAUAACAGGAAAAAUUCCGUACGCGUACCGUAUUGAUAUGAUAAAUACAGAAAUUCGAGAAAGGCAAAAAGGACUGAUAACACUUGAAGAACUGUGGACGAAGAAACACAUACGUCUGCAAGCACAAAUUGAAGAAAAGGAAAUUAGCAUUGAUGAAAUUAAUAGCUUUAAAGAAGAGUUUGAAGAGAAUAUAGUGAAAAAAGGCAUAGAUAGCAUUACUGGCAAAAUACCAGCUGAAAAGUUUAUUAGAUUUAUAGAGGAAUCAUUGAAAGAAAUUGAUAUUACAAUAGAACGACUCAGGUUGAAAACGGCUACUGUGAAGACUCAAAUAAGGAAAGUUAAGCUACAGCUGCAGCAUAGAAAACAAAUGGGUGAGGCUCUACGCGCCAUAGACUUCGAACAAUUGAACAUAGAAAAUCAAGUUUGCAUACGACAAAUCGACGAAAAAUUUCAGUGUCUGCUUCAAAUGAAGAAAGUAGCAGGUAAUUAUGGCGUCAUGUUGGCAAAGCAGAAGGAAAAAUUGAAUAACUUAACAUUUACACUAAACAAUAUAAGAAAGGAGAUCGCUUCUAAUGAAGAAGAAAUUUUAAAAUUGCAAUCGGAAAAAGAAGUUAUAAAGACCGAAAUAAAGAAAUCAAAAGAGAAACUACUGUCCAUAACGUCACUAUCGAAAGACUUUUUUGUUCCGAGUGUCAUAGAUUUCAUUAAAGUGCGCGCCGAACUUGACAAAUUACAUAAAAUUCACAAGCAAUUAAGCAGACAAUUGAAGAUUCAACAAGUAACGGUAAAAUUCAAUAAGUAAUAACUGUGAAAUACAUGUGCUAAAUAUAAAGUGCUCUUCUCUCUCUCUCUCUGCUGCACAACAAUAUCAUAUUAGUACUUAUAUUACAUCGUACAAAUUCUUUAGUUGUCAAAUAUAUCUAUUCUUCCAAUUUUUUAAGUUUCUAUGUUUAGAAAAAACAAUUGACAUAUUUGCAUAUUCUACUGUCAUGUAAUAAUAUAUAAAUCGUACGUAAUGAUGAACAUAGUUACGUGGAAUUCUCUCUCAUCAUAACAAAAAAUAUUAUGUGUCCACUUCUACCGUAGAAAAUAGAUGUACCGUUGUAAGUAAUGUGUAUGUUUUCAAGACAGAUACAAAGCACACCGGGUCAUUCCUUUCACAAAUCAAAACUUACAUUUAACAGAUUGCAGCUUGUUUGUCAAUAUUUCAAUUAAAGGUUAUAUUGUGAAGAAAUAUUUUUUACCAAU